UGGGGCCAGCAGGGACAUCCCUGCCACGGGGCAUAGCCACGGCCUGGGGACAUUGGGCCACCAUCUCUGGGAGGGGACAGCUGGGCGCCCUCUCCGCAGAAGCGCUGACGCCGGGAGCCGGGGGAUUGCUGAGCUCAGCCCCGGGCAGAUUUCGGGGCUUUAUCCGCACUCUGCCUUAAGCCGCGCUCCUUGUCCCCGUCCUUGGCCCACUUGGGUGGCAGCGGCGGCCGCAGUCGGGCGGUGGGCGAGCGCUGGAGGCGGCGGGGGGCUGGCGCUCACUGCCCGUCCUGGUGCUGACCUCCACCGAGCGGGCGAGCCGGCGGGCGGCGGAGGCGAGGAUGGGCGCAGGGGCCAGCGCCGAGGAGAAGCACUCCCGUGAGCUGGAGAAGAAGCUGAAGGAGGACGCUGAGAAGGAUGCCAGGACCGUCAAGCUGCUGCUGCUGGGAGCAGGAGAGUCAGGGAAGAGUACCAUCGUCAAGCAGAUGAAGAUCAUCCACCAGGAUGGUUACUCACUGGAGGAGUGCUUGGAGUUCAUCGCCAUCAUCUACAGCAACACGCUGCAGUCCAUGCUGGCCAUCGUGCGUGCCAUGACCACGCUCAACAUCCAGUAUGGCGACUCAGCCCGCCAGGAUGAUGCCCGCAAGCUGCUGCACCUCUCAGACACCAUUGAGGAGGGCACCAUGCCCAAGGAGAUGUCGGACAUCAUUGGGCGGCUCUGGAAGGAUGCAGGCAUCCAGGCCUGCUUUGACCGGGCCUCUGAGUACCAGCUCAAUGACUCGGCAGGAUACUACCUGUCGGACCUGGAGCGCCUGGUGACCCCUGGCUACGUCCCCACUGAGCAGGACGUGCUGCGCUCCCGUGUCAAAACCACCGGCAUCAUCGAAACCCAGUUCUCUUUCAAGGACCUCAACUUCAGGAUGUUCGAUGUCGGGGGGCAGCGAUCAGAGCGCAAGAAGUGGAUCCACUGCUUUGAGGGGGUGACGUGCAUCAUCUUCUGCGGGGCACUGAGUGCCUACGACAUGGUGCUGGUGGAGGAUGAUGAAGUGAACCGCAUGCACGAAAGCCUGCACCUCUUCAACAGCAUCUGCAACCACAGGUGCUUCGCCACCACUUCUAUCGUCCUCUUCCUCAACAAGAAGGACCUCUUCGAGGAGAAGAUCAAGAAGGCGCACCUCAGCAUCUGCUUCCCUGACUAUGACGGUCCCAACACCUAUGAUGAUGCUGGCAACUACAUCAAGCUGCAGUUCCUGGAGCUGAACAUGCGGCGGGACGUGAAGGAGAUCUACUGGCACAUGACCUGCGCCACUGAUACCGAGAACGUCAAGUUCGUCUUUGACGCCGUCACCGACAUCAUCAUCAAGGAGAACCUCAAGGAUUGUGGGCUUUUCUGAGCCCCAGCCCCUAUGCUCCCCCCCCCCGACCCCCUGGUGCCCCUGCCCACCCUCUGCCACUGCUUCUGCUUGUCCCCAAACCCCAGCAAUGUGACCUGCACAGCUCCAGAGCAUCCCACCAGCCAUCCCCCCGCCUGCAUACACCCCUGGGUGCUGGGGACACCUGGGGUCCCAGGGCAUCCCUUGGUACUGAGGGGUGCUGGAUCCCCCUGGGGACCACGGGAUGCCCUUGGGAACAGCACCACAGCUCCAAGAUAGCAGCCCCAGGUGAGUGCCAGCCUGCAAGGGACCCCCCUAUGGGCACCCACGGGGGGGCUCUGAACCCACACAUCACCUCAAACCCAAAGGUGACCUCAGAUGCUGCCAAGCCCCUCCUACAUCCCCCCUCCCCCACAGAGACCCACAGAGGAGGAAGAAAGCAGCUGCAUCACCCCCCACAUUGACAUGGGUGGGGGGGGGGGGGGGGGGUAGGUGAUCACUCAUAUUUCCUUUUUUUUCUUUCUACAUUUUAUUAUCUCAAACCAUGUGAACAAUUCAGAAAAAACAUCCCGUGGGAAAAGCAGGAGCUGAGGGACAGAGGGGGGAGGGAGGGCAGCCCCAUACAGCAGGGUCUGCCCCCCGGCACAGCUAGCCCUACCUGCUAGGCCCUAUUAGAGAGGGGCAGGGGGGCACCAGCCCUCUCCCCCCAGCCCGGCGCCAGACAAAGGGGACCCCCCUGCAAGGCACACGAUUUCGGCAUUACCUGCACGAAGACGACGCGACCACGUAGCACUUGAUGCUUUUAAAUAGUUUCUUAAAAAGGUUUCUUUAAAAAGCAACGUAAACCAAGCUUGGUGUGUGUGUGUGUGUGGGUGUGUAUGGGUAGGUGUUUGUGUGUGUGUGUGGCUUGUCUUUUUGCUUGUUUUUCUUUUUGCUGGUUAUUAAUUAAAAGGAAUGUUUUCGGUCGUGUUUCCUGGGGGGGGUCCCCUCACCGGCCCCUGCGAUGCCGGGAGCUCCGCGGCCCCCCUUCAAACACGGCGUUUUGGAUGUAAACGGUACGGAACUGAAUAAAAAGGAGAGGCUGGGGAGAUGGCGACCGGUUACAAACCGAGAGAGAAAUCCUCCUGUCCCCAGCCCAAAAGGCAAAGGGGGGCGGGGGGACACCGGGGGCGAGCGGGGACAGCCCUGGGUCAGGCGUCGCAGGCGGAGCAUCCCCACCGCUGCCACCACGGCCGUCACCAAAACGUCUCUUUAGAGGGUUGGGGGAUGAAACCAGAGGAGAAGCAGAAUCGCUGGGCACGGUCCUCCCUUCAUCGGUGCGUCCUAGGAGAGAGCAAGCCAUGAGCGGGAUGGGGAUGGGGUCAGGGAGGUGCUGGGCAGCGGGAUGGGGACGGCACUUGUGGGUUCUUACCGCCCUCAGAAGAGCCCGCAGUCCUUCAGGUUGUUUUUGAUGAUGACGUCGGUGACGG